CGACCUACUAGUAGAAGGAAUAAUAAGUAGCUGUGAUAUGGGCCAUCGGUCACAACUUGUAGUCCCACACAAUUAUCUCUUGUUGUGGGUGCAAUGUCACAAUUGAUGAGGCAAGUAUUAAAGACAGGACUCGUUCUAACCAGGUUAGCAUCUUGCACUCCCAUCAUGGAACCUGCUAUCCGUUUUACAAUUAGCGACCUUCCCAUUGAGAUUGCCCUCAUCGUCUUGACAUAUGCGGCCAAGCCGACAUUUUCCCAAGAAGAGAAAUAUGAUGAUAAAAAUCCCUAUUCCACUGCCGUCUCCCUAUGUCUCGUCUCUCGACUUGUGAGACGCACCAUCCUCCCCGAAUUCCUGCACACGAUCUUGCUUCGCCGACCCAACAGCGUGAAUAUGUUUGAAAAUGCUCUGCGUGUGCAGAAGGCGUAUGCUGAGAAAGAAAGCGAUCUCGUCUUUGACUAUAUCUCCGCUAUAAAGAGGCUUUGGAUUGAUGACUCGUCGUAUCUUCGAAAUUUUCCGUUUGAUCAGGACAUGGGCGUGCUGGUUCCAGUGAUACUUGCUACGCUGGCACUUGCAAUUAACUCCUACCAAUUAUUGUGUGUUAUGGAUAGGGUGCAAAAUGCAUGGGAUUUCCAUACAGGUCCCAAUGCCAGCGGACACUCCCCCUUUCCUGGGAAACCCAAAAGUCUGACAUUAACGCGUCUCAAUGUCAACGCCAAGGUCUUCCACAACAUUUUGAGAGGAUUAAUUUUCCCUACAUGGGUCACCCAUAUAACUUGCCUCGC